AGUUGUGUCUUCGGCAACUGCAGGCCAAAAGCUAGCAACGGUUUAUCAAUUGCAGUUUAUUAAUUUUGUCAAUAUUGUGAGAAAAUUUUAAUAAAAGCUAGAAAUGUCUUCUAUUGGUGAUACGGUGGGUUAUCUAAUUUUUGGUAAUCCAGUCAGCCAAGCGCUAUUUUCAACAGCAUCGGGUGUUAUUAAAAGCACACAAGGUCUUUUGCCAAAGAAAUUAACAGCAGGAAAUGGUACUAUUCCUGCGCCGCCUCCAGCGCCUGUGCGUUUACCAUUAUGGGAUCUGGCAGGCUCGCAUUACAAUUUCAUACGUUUAGCUGGUUUAUGUGGGGCGAGUGCUGUGAUUAUGGGCGCCUACGGCAAGCAUAUAUUCUCCAAUGUUGGUAAUGUCGAUGAAAAAAAUGAGGCCAAAACAGUCUUUGAGACGGCAAAUCGCUUUCAUUUCUUGCAUUCAUUUUCGCUUUUGGCGAUGCCGUUGGUGCACAAACCGUUAUUGACCGGCUCAUUGAUGGCCUUGGGCACUGUACUCUUCAGCGGCGUCCUGUACUAUCGCGCCAUCACUGGCGAUCGUACUUACGUACCAGUGGCAACUUGUGGUGGCUUCUGCCUUAUCGUAGCUUGGCUUACGCUUAUCUUUUAAAACGGCUUUUGAGGGCGCUGAUGGAAUCUUCUAAAUACCAUAGAUUAAGAUGCUAUUGUGACCGAUACGAAAUUUGGUAAUUUUCGAAAAAAUGCAAAGAAUGUACAUACAUACAUACAUAUAGUUUAACUAAUAUAUGCCCUAAGAAGUCAGUCAUCAAUCAGUGGGCAGUUUUUUCGGCAGCAAUUCGUUUUUUCCUAAAUUUUGUAUCGCUCAAAAAGGCAUUAUUAGCCAUAGUAAUUUGUUUUAUAUGUAAAUGGUUUAUUGUUUAAAAAUUUUAAAGAUAUUUCUUUUAUUAGAUUUCUCCUUUGUUAAUACUUAUGUGUCGCUCAUUUUAAUUAAAACUAGUUUUUGCAAAACAUGCGUGUGGCGUGUAUGUAUUUUUUGUAAAUAUUUAUUAUUGUAGUAUAUGUAUACGUAAGUAUCUAUGUAUGUAUAUCUAAACGUUUAAAACUAGUACUGAUAUGAUCAGCGUUCACUGGAAGAAUCAAUGUCUCGUUAAUAAAUUAUUAUUGUUAUUAUUAUUUAAGAGUUUUAAAUGCAUACUCAAAUUUACAAUUGUAUGUAAUUUAAUUUCGUGCUCUGGCAGCGCUAUCUCUUUAAUUAACAGUUAUAAAUUUACAAUAAAACAUUGCAUAUGUAUAUGUAUAAAACAACAAAUUCAAUUUCGUUUUGCAUUGUACGUACAAAAUUCUUUAUGUAUGUAUUUCUAUGAUAGUUUACAAAAAUUCUAAAGUAAAGUUUACACAUACAUAUGUCUGCUUGUAUGUACGAAUGCACUAGUGCUUGCCUCUGUGUUUGUAGUAUACACUUAACACAAAAUGAGCUGCAGCUGCUGCAUUUCACGA